GACAUCUAACGGUGAGUUCUCACUAUGAAGGGCCCUUAUCAACGGCCAAGAAACUUUUCACAUCAAACGCGGAUCCUCAUCUGGAGUCGUCGAUAAUCAUUCCAAUCCAACGGCACAAAUUUCCCAAAAAACCAAAUAUAUACUCCUCCCUCUAAAACACAUUUACAUUUCAAAACAAAUUACUAACUCCCGAUUUCAGAAAGCAGAGCUCAGGCGAAAGAUGUCGGGCAGAGGAAAAGGCGGGAAGGGGCUGGGCAAGGGCGGCGCCAAGCGCCACCGCAAGGUGCUGAGGGACAACAUCCAGGGCAUCACCAAGCCGGCCAUCCGCCGCCUGGCGAGGCGUGGUGGCGUUAAGCGUAUCAGCGGCCUCAUCUACGAGGAGACGCGCGGCGUGCUCAAGAUCUUCCUCGAGAACGUCAUCCGCGACGCCGUCACUUACACCGAGCACGCCCGCCGGAAAACCGUGACGGCGAUGGACGUUGUCUACGCGCUCAAGAGGCAAGGCCGCACUCUCUACGGGUUCGGUGGAUGAGCUGUUAGGGUUGGGGUUUGCGUCCGAUGUAAAUUUAGUGUUUAUUUUGGUGUUUUUGAAUUUGGUGUUGUCAACUGUUAUUUAGAUUGCUCUAUGGUGUUUUGCUUGAAGUCGAUUGAGAAUUGGAAUAUAUAUAUUUUGUUGCUAUUACCUUUUGGAUUGCAAUGAAGCGUUAAUUUCCAAA